CAGAAACAAGAAUGAAUGGGCAAGGGGUGACCCUAGCUAUUAGCUAACGUCCUUUUCCUUUUCCAUUCAAAAUUAUGCAUACAGACUGCCUGAUAUGUAAUAAUUUAUGGGAUUACGGAUUACCCCACUCUCAUACAUCAUUAUUCAUCCCUCAAUCUCAAAAAUGAGAAAACAGGUUCAUUGCAUUCAAAAUCCUCUAGUAGUAUAUAUAACUACUGCAUAGCACCAACGUUUUCAUUCAGUGCAUGAAUAUAACGAUUCUUCAAGCAACAGAAGAAGAGCUCACAACCCAAGCAAAAUGCUCUCUGCAAAUGCCUCCACAACGCAAGCCCUAGCCUUCUCUCGCCGCAUUGCUCCUUCCGGCAGCCGUCUCUCUCCGCCGAGGCUCACCGGAGUUUCACUCUCAGUCACUCCUGCUGCCACAUUGAGGUGCUCUGCACUUCCAAGCUUAGCUCACGUUGAGGAAGGAAGGAAAUUUGUAGAGGCUUCAAAACAUGGAAACUUGAUUCCUCUGCAUAAAUGCAUAUUCUCUGACCAGCUUACUCCUGUUCUUGCUUAUCGGUAUUUGGUUAAGGAAGAUGACCGGGAGGCUCCUAGCUUUCUCUUUGAAUCUGCAGAGCCAAAUUUUCAGUCCUCGAAUGUGGGUCGCUAUAGUGUUGUAGGAGCACAACCAACAGUUGAAGUUGUGGCAAAAGAAAAUAAAGUAACAAUAAUGGACCAUGAAUCUGGGCAUUUAACUGAGGAAACUGUAGAUGAUCCUAUGACGAUUCCCAGAAGAAUCUCAGAGGGUUGGAAACCUUAUCUCACUGAUGAACUUCCAGAUGCAUUCUGUGGUGGUUGGGCUGGUUAUUUCUCAUAUGACACAGUUCGCUUUGUGGAAAAGAAAAGGCUACCUUUUUCAAAUGCUCCAAUGGAUGACAGGAGCCUUCCAGACAUACAUCUGGGCCUCUAUGAUACUGUGGUUGUGUUUGAUCAUGUGGAGAAGAAAGCAUAUGUGAUUGUUUGGUUGAGGAUUGAUCGAUAUUCCUCACCUGAGAGUGCUUACCUGGAUGGAAUGGAACGAUUAGAAAAAUUAGUGGCCAAAUUACAAGAUAGCAAACCCCCAAGGCUAUCUCCAGGCUCUGUGGAUUUGCAAACUCACAAUUUCGGUCCUCCUUUAAAGAAGUCAAACUUGACAUGUGAAGCAUACAAGGAGGCAGUCCUUCAGGCAAAAGAACAUAUUAAAGCAGGGGACAUUUUCCAGAUUGUCUUAAGUCAGAGAUUCGAACGAAGAACCUUUGCCGAUCCAUUUGAAAUUUAUAGAGCAUUGAGAGUAGUGAAUCCAAGUCCUUAUAUGACUUAUUUGCAGGCUAGGGGAUGUAUUCUUGUUGCUUCAAGUCCCGAGAUUCUUACGCGUAUAAAGAAGAAUAAGAUUGUGAAUCGUCCAUUGGCUGGGACAGCUAGAAGGGGCAAGACACCGGAAGAAGAUGAAAUGAUAGAAAUGAAACUCCUACAAGAUGAAAAGCAAUGCGCUGAGCAUGUAAUGCUGGUUGAUUUGGGACGCAAUGAUGUUGGAAAGGUCUCAAAAAGUGGUUCUGUCAAAGUCGAAAAGCUUAUGAACAUCGAGCGAUAUUCUCAUGUCAUGCACAUAAGCUCAACGGUUACAGGAGAGUUGCAAGACCAUUUGACUAGCUGGGAUGCCCUCCGUGCUGCGUUGCCUGUUGGAACUGUCAGUGGAGCACCAAAGGUGAGGGCUAUGGAAUUGAUUGAUGAGUUAGAGGUGGCAAGACGGGGGCCUUAUAGCGGAGGAUUUGGAUACAUCUCUUUCUCCGGCGAAAUGGACAUUGCUCUAGCUCUCAGGACCAUAGUAUUUCCAACAGGAACUAGGUACGACACAAUGUACUCGUACAAAGAUGUGAACCCACGGCGAGAGUGGAUCGCUUACCUUCAAGCUGGUGCUGGUAUAGUUGCUGACAGUGAUCCUGAUGAUGAACACCAAGAAUGUCAAAACAAAGCUGCUGGUCUUGCUCGCUCCAUUGACCUGGCUGAGUUGGCAUUUGUUGAUAAAUGAGAUCUUUGAUACCACUUUAAUCACAAGUUACUUGGGUUCAGGGGAUUUAUCUAGAUGUUAUAUGAGAAUUUAGUCAUACACAGGAAGAUCUUCACUGUAUAAUAGCUGUUUUGUCUGUCUAUACAAGUCAGAUGUAGCUUCAAGUUUAUCUUUUCAGAUAGGUAUGUUUCUUUUAAUUCCAUUGGUGGAAUGAAUUUAGUUUCUUGUUCAAA